AUGUCGAGCCAUGGUAGCUCCUCCACACACCCUACCGAACCUCACUUUGGUGAGAUAGGCAUCGGCGCGAUUGAGUAUGAUAUGAACGAACAAGGCACCUAUACCAGAAUGUUCGGCGUCCCUGAGCGGCCGACUUGGGAGGACUUGCUAGGAUUUGGGCAAGAGCUCCAUGAGCAUCUCGUUGCCACCCGCGGCCAUUACAAGACCAGAGCGACCAGUACCGCAUUGAUUGCCACCCUCUGUAUCGCCAGAUCCCCGAGAGAGUACCGCAUAUUCCAAAGCAGCAUUCCCCGGGGUGGUUGGCGAGAUUGGAUUCAGUACGAUGGGCGGCGUCGUAAUCUACCGUGGUAUCGAGCGACAACUGCACAACCCCGCCACGGCCGCCUCUGUGUAAACAUGCAUGCGGAGGACGGCGCUGAAUAUCUUGCGAAUGAUAUUUACCCUGACCUCCGCUACUGGCACGAGUUCGAGCCCCCCCGCAUGAUUGUGUAUGGAACAAAGUGGAUCGAUCGAUACACGGGCGAGGUAACGACGCAACAGGAUGUUUGUGACGGUGAAAGCGACAAGAACCCAUCUUGCACCGAGGUUGCAAGAACUCUGGGAAUCAGGACCCCACGCCCUAGGAUUCCGCCUGAGGACGUGGACGGAGCAGACCCUCGCAAUCCAUUCAACGACAGCAGACAGGGCUACGCCCCUACCCCGGCCUCUUUCCAGACCCGCACUGGUUCUGCCAGCGGCGGUGGAAGUUACUCGGGCGGCGGUGGAAGUUACUCGGGCGGCGGAAGUUACUCGGUCAGCAGCCAUAGUCAUCGCUACAGCAACUAUUCGAAACCAGAAGAUGUUAAAUCCCGUCAUACUUCUCGGCGCAGCGAUCCCGCGGACCUUUCGACAGCCAUGUCCGCGCUCAGUGUGGGCAGCCGCGACAAACACAGCAGCUCGAGCUCCCGACACGGUGGUGGCGGUAGCCGUAGAACCACCGCAAACACGGCCGACCGGGACUCCGCACCGCAGACUCGGCCAUCGUCGGAUGCCCGAGGUCAUUCUUCCUCGACUAAGGGACAGGCAUCUAGUAAAUCAUCGGCUUCCCGUACCAGUGGCCACUCGCGGCGGGGCGAAUAG